CGCGACGCGGCGCCGGAAGUGAGUGAGCACUUCUGGCAGCCCUACCCCGCGGCCCGGCCGUCUCCGCAGUACCGCUGUCCCGGGGUCUUCCUCCCGUCAUGAAGGACGUACCCGGCUUCUUACAGCAGAGCCAGAGCUCCGGGCCCGGCCAGGCCGCCGUGUGGCACCGUCUGGAGGAGCUCUACACGAAGAAGUUGUGGCAUCAGCUGACACUUCAGGUGCUUGAUUUUGUGCAGGACCCAUGCUUUGCCCAAGGAGAUGGUCUCAUUAAGCUUUAUGAAAACUUCAUCAGUGAAUUUGAACACAGGGUGAAUCCUUUGUCCCUGGUAGAAAUCAUUCUUCAUGUAGUUAGACAGAUGACUGAUCCUAAUGUGGCUCUUACUUUUCUGGAAAAGACUCGUGAGAAGGUGAAAAGUAGCGAUGAGGCAGUGAUCCUGUGUAAAACCGCAAUUGGAGCUCUAAAAUUAAAUAUCGGGGACCUACAAGUUACAAAGGAAACAAUUGAAGAUGUUGAAGAAAUGCUCAAUAACCUCCCUGGGGUGACAUCUGUUCACAGUCGUUUCUACGACCUCUCCAGUAAAUACUAUCAAACAAUCGGAAACCACGCAUCCUACUACAAAGAUGCGCUGCGGUUUCUGGGCUGUGUUGACAUCAAGGAUCUGCCAGUGUCUGAGCAGCAGGAGAGAGCUUUCACGCUGGGCCUGGCGGGACUCCUUGGCGAGGGGGUCUUCAACUUCGGAGAGCUGCUCAUGCACCCCGUGCUGGAGUCGCUGAGGAACACUGACCGGCAGUGGCUGAUUGACACCCUCUAUGCCUUUAACAGCGGCAACGUAGAGCGAUUCCAGACUCUGAAGACCGCCUGGGGCCAGCAGCCUGACUUAGCAGCCAGCGAGGCCCCGCUUCUGAGGAAAAUCCAGUUGCUGUGUCUCAUGGAGAUGACUUUCACACGACCUGCCAAUCAUAGACAACUCACUUUUGAAGAAAUUGCCAAGAGUGCGAAAAUCACCGUGAAUGAGGUGGAGCUGCUGGUGAUGAAGGCCCUCUCGGUGGGGCUGGUGAGAGGCAGUAUUGACGAGGUGGAUAAGCGCGUUCACAUGACCUGGGUGCAGCCCCGCGUGCUGGAUUUGCAGCAGAUCAAGGGGAUGAAGGACCGCCUGGAGUUCUGGUGCACUGACGUGAAGAGCAUGGAGAUGCUGGUGGAGCAUCAGGCCCACGACAUCCUCACCUAGUCUCCCCUGCCCUGCGCUGCCCUGUCUGUGGGGAGGUGUUUCACGGCUGGUAAAACUGGCAGCUGAGAAGACCUGCGUUUAAUUGUGGGGGGUGGGGGGUGGGAUUCAGUUUGGAGUAGGGACUGUUGUUCGUGCUGUGAAGACUGUCACAGAGGACUGUCAUCGAUGGGGGCGCCCAGCCACAGGCAGGCGCCUCCUUUGUGGGUGUCUCCGUAGCCUGCAGUGGGGAGGAGCCGCCGGGCUCAGUGACGAGGUAGCAGGAGUGUGGGCCCCCCGCCCCCGGAGUCAGAAGGGGCAGCCCUAGUGUGCAGGGGGCCCACUCCAGGGUUGGCCUCCAUUACAUCACCUGUGUGAACGUGUUUUCCAACUUGGUUUGAGAAUGUUUCUAUAACUAAUGCCUUGCUCUGUC